AUGUCUUCUCUCCAAUACACUGCCAUCAGCGACAUACCAAACACGAUCAAAGAAUUGCGCUACCAAUUUGAUAGUGGUCUCACAAAAGACAUCCAAUUUCGGAAGGAUCAGCUUCAAAGUCUUGCCCGCUUCAUCGACGAGAACCUCGUGGGAUUACAAGAUGCGCUUCGUCAAGAUCUGCGUAAGCAUGAAGUUGAGAGCAGUGCUGGUGAAAUCAUACCUAUACGUAACGAAUGCGAGUACAUGUUGAAGCACCUGGAUCGUCUUGUGAAACCAGACUACCCUGCCAAGCACUUUAAGAUGUUUGCAACGGAUACAACGUAUGUACGAAAGGAACCCAAGGGCGUGGUGCUUGUUAUUGGUGCUUGGAACUACCCUGUGCGUUUGCUUCUAUUGCCAGUGGUUGGUGCCAUUGCUGCUGGAAACUGUGUAGUGCUCAAGCCAUCCGAGGUAGCAGAGCAUACGGCAAACUUCAUCACAACUCGGUUACCCGAUUACUUGGACAAGCGGGCCUAUACCAUCAUCAAUGGUGCUGUUCAAGAAACCACUGCGUUGCUUGAGCAAAAAUUCGAUCACAUCUUCUAUACUGGUAACGGUGCCGUUGGGAGAAUUGUUAUGACAGCUGCUGCUAAACAAUUGACACCCGUGACACUUGAGCUUGGAGGCAAAUCACCAGGAUUCAUUUGUUCUUCAGCCGACAUUGAGUUGACAGCCCAUCGAUUGCUUUGGGGAAAGUAUUACAACUGUGGACAGACAUGUAUUGCUCCAGAUUAUGUUUUGAUCCCCGAGAACAAAGUGGAAAUGCUUAUUGACGCCUUUCGCAAAACGGUGGCUGAAUUCUUUGGAGAGGAUCCCCAAGCGAGCGAUUCCUAUGGCCGCAUCAUCAGCGCAAGCAAGUUUGAUCGCCUCAAAAGCAUGCUGAAUAGCGUGGAUUCUACCAAAAUUGUUAUUGGAGGACAAAUGGAUCGUGCAGACCUAUACAUCGCCCCUACAGUCGUAAGCCCCGUGGAUGCAAACGACCAAGUUCUGAUGAGUGAGGAGAUAUUCGGACCGAUUCUCCCUGUUAUUACCGUCAAAGACAUGGACGAGGCUAUCAGGAUUGUGAAUUCCAAAGAGAAGCCGUUGACGCAAUACAUCUUCACCAAUGACGACUUGGAGUUACAACAUAUUCUGAAUAACACCAUGUCUGGAGGAGUCUUAGUAAAUGAUACGCUCAUGCAUCUGCAAGAGACUUCGUUACCAUUUGGUGGAGUUGGUGAAAGUGGAAUGGGCGCCUAUCAUGGAGAAAAGUCAUUUGCAACUUUCACGCACGAACGUUCAACGAUGAUCCGAUCCGCAGCCAUGGAGUCUUUGAUGAAAGCACGAUAUCCACCCUACGAUGAAAAAAAGCUCCAAAUCUUGCACAUGCUCGUCAUUGGCCUUCCUGCAGGGGUUACUGGAAAGAUCAAAUCAGUCGCUAGUGUGUGUAGUUCCAUGUGGGAGGUGUUGUUUUCGGGAAACAGACAGAGCAAGUUGUAA